ACCGAGUGAUUGAUUUCACCUUACUCGACAUGGACCUAGAAACAGGACAAUUUAAGGUAGUUGCGCAAUUCGAAGGUUGGAAGAACCAAUUCGAGCUGAUACCGGAAGUUCCGAUACACUGGCCAGUGCGCGGCAGUCGUCCCCCCAACCGACCCGCUUGCGGCUUUCGCGGAGAACUCUGCGUAACUUUCUCGUUGUCCUCCAGUGCAGUUGUGGCGAUCAGUCUGAGCAGCGUCAUUGUCGUCCUCGCCAUAGUCGGCAUUUUCAUAUUCAGGCGUAUUAAAGCGGAAGCGGAUAUCCAGAGUAACUGGUGGCGCGUGCGCAGUGAGGAUAUACACGUGACCAUGCGGACGUCAUCAGUAAUGUCUAGCAAUCGCCGGUUUCAGAACGACGACGGCUCCACUUCGAUAAUGACACAACCUCAUGUAUCUCAGACAGUUGGCGUUUACAAGGGAACAGUUGUGCAUGUCAGAAAGCUGAUGGUGAAGACAAUUCCCAUAGACCGAGCACUGUUACUAGAGAUCAAACAGAUGCGUGAGAUCACCUGUCCAAAUCUGACUCAUUUCUUCGGGAUCUGUCCAGAAACAGACAAGAUGUGUGUGCUGACCGAGUACUGCGCCAGGGGAAACUUGCAGGAUAUUCUUCAAAAUGACGCCAUGAAAUUGGACUGGGACUUCAAACUGUCGCUGAUUCAGGACAUAGUGGAGGGCAUGACGUACCUGCACGCUAGCAGUAUUGGUGUCCAUGGUCAGUUGACUGGCUCACGAUGUAUGAUAGAUGGACGCUUCGUUCUCAAGAUAACCGGUUUUGGACUCAACUGUUUGAAUGAAGCCGAAAUACGGAAUGCGCGACUUGGAAGCGGGUGGAGAGGGAAAUACAUAUUUUCACCGGAAUUGCUAUGGAUGGCGCCCGAACAUCUCCGCCUGUACCCAGCCAGCCGUCAGCGCUCACAAGCGGGAGACGUGUACAGUUUCGCCGUCAUUCUGUACGAGAUGUGCACGCGAGCCGAGCCGUUCACCGAGGAAUCUUGGUACACAUCAGUCAGCGACACCGUGGAAAUGAUCAAGAAUUGCGGCAUCAAGCCUUGCCGGCCGAUAUUGAACGAGCACGAGCAUAUACCGGAAGUAGUUCAACUUGCUUACCAGUGCUGGGAAGAACUUCCGUCGGACAGACCAACGUUCCAGAAUGUGAGGAAAUUUCUGAAGAAAAUAAGAAUGACGAGAAACAAUGGUGAGUCAACGAACGUUCUGGACGUGCUGCUACAGCGUAUGGAGCAAUAUGCCAACAACCUGGAGGGCAUGGUCGAGGAGAAGACACAGGCGUUCCUAGAGGAGAAGAAACGUUCAGAGGAGCUGCUUUAUAAGGUCCUGCCAAGAAGUGUGGCGGAUCAACUGCGAAUGGGACAUUCUGUAAACCCAGAAGCCUUCGAGUGUGUUACCAUCUACUUCAGUGAUAUCGUCGGCUUUACAACCAUCUCCGCAGACAGUACGCCCUUCCAGGUCGUUGAUUUGCUUAAUGACCUAUACACAUGUUUCGAUGCCAUUAUUGAUAACUACGACGUAUACAAGGUUGAAACCAUCGGCGACGCUUACAUGGUGGUCUCCGGCCUCCCUGAACGCAACGGUAACGAGCAUGUGAGACAGAUUGCUCGGAUGUCUCUGGACAUAGUCCACAGUGUGCGCCAGUUUGUGAUUCGUCAUAAACCGGAAGAACCGCUAAGGGCGCGUAUUGGAUUACACUCAGGCCCUGUCUGCGCAGGCGUGGUCGGACGGAAGAUGCCGAGGUACUGUCUAUUUGGGGACACAGUGAACACCGCCAGUCGCAUGGAGUCCAACGGAGAAGCCCUGAAAAUACACAUUAGUGAGGCAACUAUGGGACUUCUUUUGCCAUUUGCCACGUUCACAAUAAAAGAGCGGGGAAUAAUCGAUGUCAAGGGAAAGGAACGAAUGCGAACUUACUGGCUUGUGGACCAGCUGGAUACUCAGGGGAAGUAACACAUGCAGUUGAACACGUUAACUCCUCUCAGAGGCUACAUCCCAUAUUGGUUAUUUUCAAGUAAAUUCAUUCCGAGAGUAGGAUUGACACCUCAAUAACAUUCUUGUGGUGCUGUUCAAACUUUCGGGACAUUAAGAUAGUACCGGGGUAUUUACACUUUUUCAAAGAAAUCAAAGUACAAACAUAAAUCUGAAACACUUAACUGAAUGACCUUAAUCGGGUUGGGUUUGAUGAUUGGCCGAUUUAGAGCUGACUUCGAACCAAUCCAUGAAAAUGUUUAUGAAAAUCAUGCUAAAUAACGCAAUAAACAGCACACGAUAACACCGUGUGAGGAGUUUCACGCGCUUAUUUAACUGUUAUUUCCAAGGAUCUUAUCACUGCAACACAUUAUGAGACAUCAGUUCUACGUGUAGGCGCAUGCUUAUCUGUAUUUGUUCGUUAUCAUAAGUCCGUAUUGUGUGUGGAUAUCUUUAUUAUUGAUAUAAAAAUAUAUAGAGCCAUGAUAAAAUGCUGAAAUUUAAAUCUUUUAUAUAACACAAUAUGUGUGUAUUCACGAGCAAAAACUAUACGAAUCAAUGCGGUCAAUAAUUUUCAUAAACAAGAAACCAGAUAUAUAUGUUUAUCUUUAUUUUGUGAUUAUAUAAAUACAAUUGACAUAGUGCAAAACAAAUAUUAUAUUUUAUACAAAAACCAGAAAACACCAGGAUUUAUUUUAAAUAAAUUAUGAAAUAAAAUAUAUAUUCAAUCGCUCUAAUAUGGCUCAGGAAAGUGUUUUUCACUUUAAUGCAUUCUCGCCUUCCUAGCGUCCCACAAUUGGUUCAUCCUUCCGCCUGACUCCCGCCUCUAGGGUCAUACAUCCAAUAUUGUCGUCUGAAGUGGGGUCGUCCUUGAUCUUCAUCGUUAUCCUGUAGUCU